UUGUAAGAAACAUUAUUAUAUAAAUUGAAAAAAAGUUUUAACUCAAUUCCAUAAAUAAUUCUUCAAUUCUUUAACCCCGCCCCCAUUCGCUCCGACCUGAAAAUAUUGGCGCCAAGGAUUCACACCGUAGAACACGAUGCAUAGCUUACUAGGGUUUCAUCCUCCUCACUUCUCUGAGGAAGCAGCAUGGCUUCCGGGUUGGCUUCAGUCUUCCUCGAUAAGGGAGGCGAGCAAUCAAGCGUUUCAAUGUUCUUCAGGGCAAAGGCUCGAGGACAUUGGAUGCCUUCAGCAAAACAUGAAUACCAUAGAAAAUGAGAAUUUGUGUGAUAAUGGUGUGUGUAAGAGUUUCCAUUUAUUUUUAUCUGGAGAAGACAACUCAACCAUGAAUUUUCCUUCAUGUUCUAGCAAUCAUGAAAUUCGAUUCCAUCUUCAUCUAUCAUCAAAUGAAGAAUCUCAAAAUUUAUCAAAUCCAACUCCAAGUAAAUCUCAACUACAACCUCUUCCAGUUCCAGAAUCCAAAGUUACCCCUGAGGAGAACACCCAAAAUCCAAGUCCACAGAAGGGCAAUUCAGGAAUUUCCAGUCAUGAACCUUUAAAGGGGCAAAAUGGGAAAACCCCGAAAUCUCAUAAAGUUGAUAUCACAGAUGCAGUGGAACUAGCUGUUGCAGCAUCAGAAGCAUUAAUAAUCCACGAGGUAGUAAAAGAUGAACCAAAUUCACAACUUUCAACCCCUUCAUCUGUUCUUGAAGCUGCAAUAAGGGUAAAAAAGGCACGAUUGGAGGAACUUAAUGAUGAUUUUGAGGAAAACAAUGACAAUGAGUAUGAGGUUGACUUUCUUUCGGAUUUGGAUGAGUUGACCAUGGCAGAUGCAUAUGAAGAUGUGGGAUUAACAGUCAGUGGUUCUUGUUAUGAAUCCAUAUCUCAUGUUAAAGAUAGUUAUGGAACCCUAGAAGCUGAAUUUAGUUCUAUUUCCACAAAACAAGAGAUAUUAUCAAAAGAAGGAAUUGUUUUAGAAUCUAUUGAAGGUGAUACACAUAAAGAACAUGAUGCUGAUCUAGGGUGCGAUUUUGAUCCCAUGUUUAGUUGUUCUGUUGAGCAACCUGAUUUUUGCACAAAAAAGGUUGUGUUAGAAAAUGAAGGCAAGAUGACAAAUUUGAUUCAAGAUAGAUUUCAAAGCCGUUGGUUUGGUUGUUGGACGUGUAAGAACGAAGUUGGGAUUCCUUCAGUUACAGACAACAAAAUCCCUGAAAAACCAUUUGCUUUAAAUGAAACAAGUUUUUUCUCGGAAUCUGCCGAUAUUGCCCCUGAUAUGAAUUCAGCCAUACAAAAACAGGACAAUACUGUUUCUCAAUCAACCAUACCUCCUAAAGAUAUAGACACACACCAGAAAACUACCAAUAACAGUAAUUUUCUUUCCCAUACUGCCCCUGAUAUGUCUCUUAGUGUGUCCCCAAUGGAGGACCUUUUGUGUUCUGUUGUUCCUUGCAGCUUUUCUUCCGAUAAUACCCCUCCCCAUGUUAAUCUCCAUAACCCAAAAAGCGUCUCACCCCAAAAUACCGAUAAUACCCUUCACCAAGAUAAUCUAAAAAGUGUCUCACCCCAAAAUACCGAUAAUACCCUUCACCAAAAUAAUCUAAAAAGUGUCUCACCCCAAAAUACCGAUAAUACCCUUCAUGAGAAUAUUUCAAGUCCUAUACGAAGACAUGUGUCCUCACUUAAAACUUACAGCAUCUUACCACAUCCCCCUUAUGAUCCAUACUCGGUGAACAAACAACCUACACAAGAUGAUGUUGAGAAAAAGACCAAAUUACCCUUGGCUACUAUAAAUAAAGAAAAUCCCGAGUUAUUUCCAACCGAGGUUUUCAGAAAGGUGAAGUCCAACAUCAAAAGCUGUGUAGUUCCAAUGAGAAAACGUGUCCGUUUUUCAGAACCCGAAAUUAUUCACACAAAAAAAACCCGAGUCACAUUCACAUGCAAAAAAACGCGUUUAUUCCAAGAUCUUAAGUUUUUAAUUACGGGUUUUUCAAUCAAGAAACAUAAAGAAAUCAAGAAUCUAAUUCAAAAAAACAGUGGCAUAGUUUUAGAUGAUAUUCCAUCUCCUCCAUCUUCAACUUCUAGAAGACAAAAAAAAUUCUCAGAAUAUCGACUUCCUGUGAUUUUGAGUCCCAAAAGGCUGCUUACAACCAAGUUUUUAUACGGGUGUGCAGUCAACGCGAGUAUUCUCAAAGUCAAAUGGCUGUUUGACUCAGUCAACGAAGGAUCAAUCUUACCACAUAAGAAAUACAUGAUUUUAAAAGAACAAGUGAUUAAUUGUAGCAUGAUAAUUGGGAUUCGGAUGCCAAGUAGAUUAAUUUUCCAAGAUAUUGCGAUUAUGCUUCAUGGGAAACAUGAUUUUUGUAUGAAAAUGGAGAAAGUUGUGAGGCAUGGAGGGGGGUUGGUGUUCAAGUCGUUUCAUUGGUUGGUGAAGAGACUUGAGACAAAUAGGGUAUUGGUAGGGGCGAUUGUUGUGGAGGGCGAAAUCGGUAUUUCACGUCAGUUGAAGCAAUGUGCGGUAGAGCAAAAGAUUUCGGUGGUCCCGUUUGAUUGGAUUGUGAAGAGUUUAUAUGCGGGUAGGGUUCUUCCUUCACUUGAAGAAUUCAAGAACCCAUAUAGAGUUCCUUUGGAAAUGAGUGAAGAAAUAUAAAUCUUCAAAUAAAUGGGGUGUUUGUUUGUUUGUUUAUUGUUAUUAUUAUUUCAUUUAAAAUGUAUUAUAAAUUGUAUCUUUACAUGAAACGAAUAUUGGAGAUGUCCCUGAAUUAGUGUUAAUUAAUAUGUUAUGCAUCGGU